AUGCCCAAGUCCAAGAAAGCUACAUCCAAGAAAGACUUCAAAAAGUCAGAAAAUGAGCUCCAGAAGCCAGAAACAUCAAGGCAGAACCAAGAAGAUAAUAAGACCAGUUCAAAGGUCCGCUCUCCAGAGGACCACCUUGCCUUUUCUACUGAAGAAGACACAGAGACAGUUAGCCAACUUUCCAAAUUGAGUAUUGCUCAAAAGAUUGCAAUAACCCAAAAGUUUGUGGUAGAAGAGGAGGAUGAUUUAUCUCAAGAAAGUUCAGAAAGAAAGUUUGUGGAGAGAAUGUACAAUGCAUUUUGGGACCACUUGAAAGAACAAUUGUCAAAAACUCCUCCUGACUUUUCUUGUAUUCUUGAACUUCUAGUCAACAUAAAACAGAUUUUGGUGUCACUGUUAUUACCACGUCAGAACCGCCUAAGACAUGAGAUUGAAGAAGCACUGAACAUAAAUCUUCUCAGGGAAGAAACAGAGCGUGGAGGUCUUGAUGUUCCUCAUCUCUCUAGUUAUAUUAUCAACUUGAUGGCUCUCAUGUGUGCACCAAUUAGAGAUGCAGCUGUACAGGAAUUAGGAGCCAUAAAAGAUCCAGUGCAAUUACUAAGGGGCAUCUUCCAGGUUCUGGGCCUGAUGAAAAUGGAUAUGGUGAACUACAGUAUUCAUAAUAUUCGCCCAUACUUGCAGGAACAGUCUAUUCAAAAUGAACGAGCUCAAUUCCAAGAACUCCUUGACAAGCAGCCUGAUCUCCUUGAUUGCACCACCAAAUGGAUGACUAGAGCAGUUACAGACCUUAUCACAUCACUGCGAAAUACUCCGAGCUCCUUUUCUGGCUUAGGUAGUUCUAUCCCAGCUCCAAAACCUGACCCAGAUCCACCAAGUCUUACCACAGUGUUAUACCAAGGCUACCUGACACUUGUUCUCAAGGACCAUGGAAUUGAAGAAUUCCCUGAGACUCUUCUGACGGAUAAAGCACGACUGCAGACCAUGAAGUCCAAAUUACGCCACUUGACAGUCUUAGCCUCAGUUUUGCUUGUGGCAAGAAGUUUCUCUUGUGGUGUUUUAUUCAGCUCACCAGACUUCGUGGAUAAACUGAAGGCCAUAACCAAGGAUCUCAUAGAAGAAUUUAAUUCCAAGCCAGAAGAGUCCAUGUUAAAUGUAAGUGAACAAGUGUCUCAGGAAAUCCAUCAAGGCCUCCAGGAUACAGGUCUUACUGCUCUGACUACUGAAAAUAGAGCAUCUCUUGUGUGUCAACUCCGGAACAUUGCCAAGAAAGAGAACUGCAUUCGUAUCAUCAUUGAACAACGGAUACAUUUGUUUCUCAAAUGCUGUUUGAUUCGCGGCAUGCAGGAGUCUCUCCUAGACUUCCCUGGAGGCCUCCUGUUCAUCGAACCAGAGUUGGCAGAACUAGGCUGGAAGUUUGUUAAUCUGAUCCAUCACAAUCAGCUGGUGUUUAAUCCAUACUAUGCUGAGAUCCUAAAAAAUAUCAUCUCUCCUCCAAAUGAAGACGAAAAUGAUGAAAAACCUGUCUGA